CUUCUGCAGGUGAAAUUGAUUUCCCUCCGAUUGCUGUGACCUGGACGAGCAAAGAACAAGAUUCUUUUCUUCUUUUUGGGACGCUAAAUCCCUAUGUGUACCACAAAUUCCAGUGAGGGAAGAAGGGUGGUGCUUCUUGGAUAAGGAUGGAAAUCCCAGUGGGCAGGAUGAGGGCAAAGUGUGUGAUAUCACCACCACAAAGGUGCAGAGUGAUCUUCAUUUCCCUUCCAGGCCAGCAUUCCACCUCCUGUGACCACCAUGGUGUAUGGUGAGUUUUUUCAUCACCCUGGACAAGACGAAGAACUUGUCAACUUGAAUGUUGGGGGCUUUAAGCAGUCUGUUGAUCAAAGCACCCUCCUGCGCUUUCCUCACACUAGACUUGGGAAGUUGCUUACCUGCCACUCUGAAGAGGCCAUUCUAGAGCUGUGUGAUGAUUACAGUGUGGCUGAUAAAGAAUACUAUUUUGAUAGGAACCCCUCCUUGUUCAGAUAUGUUUUGAAUUUUUACUACACGGGGAAGCUGCAUGUCAUGGAGGAGCUGUGUGUGUUCUCAUUCUGCCAGGAGAUCGAGUACUGGGGCAUCAACGAAUUGUUCAUUGACACAUGCUGUAGUAAUCGCUAUCAGGAGCGCAAGGAGGACAACCAUGAGAAGGAUUGGGAUCAGAAAAGCAAUGAUGUGAGCACCGAUUCCUCAUUCGAAGAAUCAUCUCUGUUUGAGAAAGAUCUGGAGAAGUUUGAUGAGCUGCGAUUUGGGCAGCUCCGGAAGAAAAUCUGGAUUAGAAUGGAAAACCCUGCAUACUGCCUGUCUGCCAAGCUUAUCGCCAUCACGUCCUUGAGUGUGGUACUAGCAUCCAUCGUGGCAAUGUGUGUUCACAGCAUGUCAGAGUUCCAGAAUGAGGAUGGAGAGGUGGAUGACCCUGUGCUGGAAGGUGUGGAGAUUGCGUGCAUCACUUGGUUUACUGGGGAGCUUGCCAUCCGGCUAGUUGCUGCACCAUGUCAAAAGAAAUUCUGGAAAAACCCUCUGAAUAUAAUUGACUUUGUCUCAAUUAUUCCCUUCUAUGCCACAUUGGCUGUAGACACCAAGGAAGAAGAGAGUGAGGACAUUGAGAACAUGGGCAAGGUGGUCCAGAUCCUGAGGCUGAUGAGGAUUUUCCGAAUUCUAAAGCUUGCCCGGCAUUCAGUAGGGCUUCGGUCUCUAGGUGCUACGCUGAGACACAGCUACCAUGAAGUGGGGCUGCUGCUUCUCUUCCUGUCUGUGGGAAUUUCCAUCUUUUCUGUGCUUAUCUACUCUGUGGAGAAAGAUGAGUCUACAUCAGGACUCACCAGCAUCCCCAUUUGCUGGUGGUGGGCCACCAUUAGUAUGACGACCGUGGGUUAUGGAGACACCCACCCAGUUACCUUGGCUGGGAAGCUCAUUGCCAGCACAUGUAUCAUUUGUGGCAUCUUAGUGGUGGCGCUUCCUAUCACCAUCAUCUUCAAUAAGUUUUCCAAGUACUACCAGAAGCAAAAGGACAUUGACGUGGAUCAGUGCAGUGAGGACCCACCUGAAAAAUGCCAUGAGUUACCUUACUUUAACAUUAGGGAUAUUUAUGCACAGCGGAUGCAAGCCUUCAUUACCAGUCUGUCUUCUGUUGGAAUUGUGGUGAGCGAUCCAGAGUCUACAGACGCUUCAAGCAUUGACAACAUUGAAGACGUAUAUAGCUCUACAUCCUUAGAGAAUUGCACAGCCAAAUGAGCAGGGACAUUUGUGCCUGUAUCUUGUGUCCCUUCCUGAUAUUAGGUUAACACAGCUUUAUAAACCACAAUGGGUUCAUUAAAAUCAUUUAAUUCUCAGGGUGUACCUUUCAGCCAUAGUUGGAUAUUCAUUGCUCUAAAACGAUAGACUCAUCUUUAUUUUUCUUAAUGCCUUGUUCUGAAAUUUAUUUUUACAAGAAAGAGUUAUAAUACAGUUUUGGGAAAAAUGGUAAAUGGUAUUGGGGAGAAUUUGCUGCUAUGGCUUAUGCGUCAUUCUGUGUUUGUCAUUUACUCACAUUGAGCUAACUGUAAAUUAUGACAAGUAGAAUCAAAAGCCCAGCUGAUUGAAGACUCUACAUGCAUGUAAGAUCCACAAAAUGAGACAGUGCAUGUAAAUCCAUGUUCACAUCCUAGACAUGGAAAUAAGGAGUCUAAUAAACUUCCUAAUUCAAUAUGGA